AUGUGGCAGGCGGAUGUGGUCGAGAUGCGUCCUUAUACGCGAUUCAACAGAGGUUACCACUACAUUCUCAUUGUUAUCGAUGUGCUGAGUAAGCAUGCAUUGGCCGUACCUCUCAAGGCUAAGAGCGGAAUAAUGAAGGCAUCAGUCGUCGAUCGGUUCAACCGUACGUUGAAAAACAACAUGUGGAAGCAGUUUACACACAAUGGAAACUAUAGAUGGAUCGAUUUGCUACCGCGUCUCAUGUCUGAAUACAACGUGCGAAAGCAUCGAACUAUCGGUAUGCGACCCGUCGAUGUCACCCUCGCAAUCGUCAACAAGCUCUUAACCACGGUGAAUAACCGCGUAAAGAUCGCCGCACCCGCACGAUUCAAAGUGGAUGACUUGGUACGCGUCAGUAAAUUCAAGACAAUUUUUGACAAGGGUUACACGUCAAAUUGGAUCACGGAAGUGUUUAAAAUCAUCAAGAUGCAGAAAACUAAUCCCGCAACGUAUCUUUUGGAGGAUUCUCGCGGAAAACCCAUAGCCGGGGGAUUCUAUGAAUACGAACUGCAUCGCUUUGCUAAUCCCGAUGUGUACCUCGUUGAAAAAGUUUUGCGCAAAAAAGGGAAUGAG